AUGUAUACAUCCAUCCUCACCACCCUGCUCAUAACCGGCACCACCCUCGCCGCAAGUCUGCCUCCGAGCCCAGGUCAUCCUUUCAUCCCCUCAGAAUACGUCCCAGAAUCUGCACAUCCAGCUGCAAAGCGACAAGGCCUCCCCCUCGGCAAUGUUCUAGGCGGAGGCGAUGUUCUGGGCGGAGGCGAUGUUCUGGGCGGAGGCGGUCCUCUGGGCGGCCUAGGAGACUUAUUAGGCGCUGGAGGCGACGCCGAGAGCUCUUCCGCUGCGCCCGCCCCGGCUCUGACUCCUGUUCCCAGAGCAUCAGACAUCGUCAUGACGACCACCAUGGUCACCGUAACAGCGACCUUGUCCACGCCGUUGCCAGAAGCGCCAUCAGCUUCCGUGUCUCCCGCGCCUGAGGAUGUGGCUGGUGUGUACGUCUGCGACGACAUCAACUGGAACGGCGCAUGUUCGCACCACUUCACCAAACCAGGCGGUUCAGAUAUUGACUGCGCACAACUUUCUGGUAGAGAAUCGUCGAUUGGACCGGAUCCGGGGUUCUUGUGCGAGUUCUUCACGUACGUUCUGAGACCUUAUCUCUUCGCGAAUCUAGCUAAUACCUUCGUCAACAGCAACAACUCCUGCCACAAGACUCCUGGCGUUGAAUCAGAUUUCCUCAGCUUGAGCUGGCCCGGUAAUGCGGAUCUGAGGAGUACGGACAAGGGUGAUCUGAAUGAUAAGUUCUUGAGCUAUGUUUGCUUCAAGGUGUUGUAG